UUAAAUAUUUCUAGUCAAACCAAAGACGACAAAAUUGUUGGCAGCUGAAAAAUGGGAAAUUUGUGCGGACCGUGCUUUAAAGGAAGUGCAGACACAAGUGGUCUGAUUACGCCUGACGCUGAAACCCGACGACGUCAAAUGGCAGAAGCAGCUGAACGAAGACGACAAGAACAAGAAAACAAAGGAAUCAAAAAUCCAGAAAGUGUUAAAAGAAUGCAAGAAAAGGCAGUAGAAACUGAACGGUUGGAACGAGAACAAGCAAUGGCUGGUGGAAAUAAUCAACCAGCUCUCAAGUGGACUCAAGGAUAAGAUGGAUGUGGUUGAUGAUGUUAAAGAUUCUGAACUGAG